CGCAAAAACCAUUCUCGCACACGACCAACGAAAUGACAACAAUCAAAGGUCCCGGCGAAGCCCGCACCUACGACGGCACACCCCUCCGCAUCGGCAUCAUCCACGCCCGGUGGAACACGAAAAUAAUCUCCGCCCUCCUCGAUGGCACAAAGAAGUCGCUGCGAGCAGCCGGCGUCCGCGACGAAAACAUCGUCAUCCAAACCGUCCCAGGUUCCUACGAACUUCCCUACGCCGUCCAACGGAUGUGGACCGCCUCGCAAUCGCAAAGCAGUCUCUCUGGCGGCGGAGGGCUGAUCGCAUCCGCUACCGAUCUUCUAGGUGGAAGUACGACGGACUUGACGGCUACAGCGAAAGAGGGAGGAAAGGCAGCGGGAGGAGGAGGCGCGAGCAAGGAGCCCUUCGACGCGAUCAUUGCGAUUGGAGCCCUGAUCAAGGGCAGCACGAUGCAUUUCGAGUACAUCUCCGACAGCGUCAGUCAUGGGCUUAUGAAGGUGCAGUUGGAGACGGGGUGUCCGGUGAUUUUUGGGUUGUUGACGCUGUUGACGGAGGAGCAAGGGUUGGAAAGAGCGGGGAUCGAUGAGGCGGGGAAGGGGCAUAAUCAUGGGGAGGAUUGGGGGAGUGCGGCGGUGGAACUUGGGGUUAAGAGGAGGGGUUGGACGGAGGGGAAGUUUAUUGAGUAG